AUGAAAAUUUUUAAGAAGCUUUUUAACACCGCCUCCAAGUCAAAGGAGGCAGAACCAGCCGAACGCAAUGUUCGGUAUCCAAUUCCAGGGGAGACAUCAGGCUCACCAGUAUCGGUUCCUUCACCGGCUACAGGGUCGGAAACCUUCUACGAGAUAGAUUUAGGCGCUGAAGACGUGGAGGAAAAGAAGCUGGUGAGGAGACAAUUCCCCCUGUUUAGACCAUUUGGAUGGUUUAAAGAGAGGAGAGAGGAGAAGGAGUUAGCUGAAAGGGUUCUUUUGGCUAAGGGGAUGGUUGCCGGCAUUCGUGCGUUGCAUCCCAACAGAAAGAAGAAGAAGAAGAAGAUGAAUAACAACAACAACAACAACAACAACAACAACAACAACAACAACAACAACAACAACAACAACAACAACAACAACAACAACAACCUCAACAACCUCAACAACAACAACCUCAACAACAACAACAACAACAACAACAACAACAACAACAACAACAACAACAACAGCUGCAAACCUUUCACAUACGGAAAGUUUGUAGCAAACUUAGAGUCAUACUGUCCUCGACUGUGUCAGGAAAUCAGAGCUUCAAUGGGCUUCUCGGAUUCCGAAUACGUACAGUCCAUUUCUCAAGGACUCACAAAACUUGAGAAUGGAAAUUACAAAUCGGGUGAUAGGAAGUUUAUUGUACACCGGGUCACAAAGAGAGAAUUUGAAAAUGUGAUCAGGUGGCUCCCUGAAAUACUUGGCGAGGACGAGUAUGAGUCGCUACUUAUACCUGUCCUUCAAUUAGUCGAGAUGCAGUUAAAGACGAAAACCAAAUACUUCGUUGUAACACGCAAUCUCGACUAUAGGACAGAGUUUUUAUUGGAAUACAAGUUUUCCCGGAAUGGCAAGGAAUCUGCUAUAUCACGUCGCCAUCCCAACAAUUUCAGGCUCACGGAAACUCGGAAGUUCCCAGAAAAUGAGGCUUGGGAUUGGUGGGAUAAUUAUCGCUUUUUAGAAGACGUAUCUUUUCUAGCUGCCAAAGAAAGAUACGGCUUCAAGUUUGUAAUAUGUGCUGCAUAUGCAGAUGAUGGGGACCAUAGAGUUUGGUAUUAUAUUGAUGAUUGGUUUAAGGACAGUCCAAGCGGGGUCUCUCGAUUAUGUCAGAGUAGGCGCAAAUUGUCUGAGAAGUAUGCUCUUUGGAUUUACAAUCUUUUCAAUUUUCAUUUGAACCUGGUGGAAGGUCCAUUGAAGAUGAAGGACUUUGAUCGCAUAUAUCAACGUCCUAGAAAAGAAAAAUCCUUUAUUCAGAGAAAGUUGGCCGAAAUGUUUUGCUGCGAUCUGAGACCCUCAAGCUCUGAAUCAAUCUGA